AUGGCAACCGCUAUUGGGAAGCCAUUGAAGGUGGAUGCGCCUACUCUCAACAUGACAUGGCCUUCGGUAGCGCGUUUUUGUGUUGAAGUUGACCUUACGAAAGAGUUCCCAAAAUCUGUGAAGGUGGGAAAGAAAGGCAAGAAGCAUGAUCAGAUUUUCACCUACGAACCCAUUCCGGCUUAUUGUACUAAGUGUAAUAAGAUCGGGCACAAGAAAGAGGAUUGCUGGGCUGGCCUCCAAAAGGUUGUUGACAAGAAGAAAAAGGCUCCGGUGAAGAUUGUUGAUAGAGAGAAAGCCGCGACUAACCCUAGCGCGCAGGAUGCGACAAACCCUAGCGCGCAAGGUGUGGCUGCGUCUGCUUCAGUUGCUGCUACAGAUCGACCAUCAUCGUCAGGACUUUCUGCUAAGGAGAAGAAGAAGAUUUCGGUUGAUGUGCAUGACACCGCAGCAAAAAAUCAGUCCAAAGAGGAUACCAGUUUCACAGAUUCUCCCCCGCAAUCAAAUGAACCAAGAUCUGACGAAGAAUUCAUUGAAUCAGUUUAUGUGGAAGACUCCCCAAAUAAGGAAGUAGAGGAAAUAUGUCGGGUUGAUGAUCAUGUUGAAUCGUGUGUUUUAGCGCUGAUGUCUUUGACGGAGACUCCUCAUAUCUUUUCUGUUGAUAAUGACAUCGGAUUGCAUGGAGCUGGUUUGGAGAAUGAUACGGGAAGCUGGUCUGAGGGUGAGAAAGAUGAGGUUGAUAAGUUAGAUGAAAUAAAGCGAGAGCUUGCUUUUGAUAUUGCUUUCUCCUCAAAUAACAGCAAAAUAUGGGUUUUUUGCAAAUCUGAAAUUCAAGCUUCUUUGUUGAGUGAUGAUGAUCAAGUGCUGCACUUUGAAAUUAAACAUCCUCUAGUGUCUCAGUCUUAUUUCUUGUCGGCUGUGUAUGCUAAAUCGACAAGGGCUGGGAGACGUGACCUUUGGCAAAGUUUGGAAGGUUUUAAACGUAAUAAUAUGGGUGCUCCAUGGAUGGUAUCUGGGGACUUUAAUGUUAUUAGAAGCUUGGAAGAAUACAGUGGUGUCUCGGUGCAGGACCAUCCGGCCAUAGAGGAUUUCAAUAUGUGUAUUCAGGCUUGCAACUUGCUAGAGAUUCCAGCUGUUGGCGAGGACUUUACUUGGGGUGGAACAAGGCAAACAGGUUGGGUGAACAAAAAACUAGAUAGAGUCCUUUUCUCGGAUGAAUGGUUGGAUUUCUUUCAAGUUAAUUCCAUUGAGAAUUUGAGUAGAACAUCAUCCGAUCACAGCCCCAUGCUACAUAUGUUUGGAGUGCAAGGAGUUUCCAAGCCAAGAGUUUUUCAGUUUCAGCAAAUGUGGCUGCGAAGAUCGGAGUUUUUUUCAGUAGUCAAGGAGAAUUGGGAGUAG